AUGUCAACAACAAUGAAUAAUAGUAGAGUAAUUCAAAUAAGUAAAGCGAUGAGCUACAUAUUGCGUCAUGGGUGCGCCAAAGAAAGAAUAGAAAUUUCAGCUGACGGAUACGUAAAGGUGAAUGAUUUGCUAAAGAAUAAGAAUUUCAAGAACAUUACAUUCCAAGACAUUCAACAUGUAGUUGAUACAAACGACAAGAAGAGAUUUGAACUCAAACAACAAGACAAUGAAUACUAUAUACGAGCAUCACAAGGUCAUACUAUAAAGACGGUUACAGAGAAUGAUUCACUAUUCACAAAGAUAACUGAUAUCAAUCAAGUACCCGGAGUCAUUCAUGGUACUUAUAGAAAACAUUUAGUUUCAAUUAAAGAAAAAGGAUUGAAUAAAAUGGACAGAAAUCAUAUACAUUUUGCAACAGGUGAUCAUGGUGAUGUUGUCAGUGGAAUGAGAGGUAAUUGUGAAAUUGUUAUUUAUAUAGAUUUGGAAAAAGCUUUAAACGAUGGUAUCGAAUUCUUACUAUCUAAAAAUGGUGUAGUUUUAUGUGCAGGUAUCCAAACUGAACAUGGUAAUCAUUAUCUACCACCAAAAUAUUUUACUCAUAUAACUGAUAGAGCUGGAAAUAUAAUUAGAUAA